UCCAACUGCAGAGCCCCCAAAGACUGGCAUUUCACCAUUGCCAAGUCUGGGCACACUUCCUCGGUUUUUGGUUUAGUUCUCUUUCUCCGAAAUAAAAAACAAAUUUAAACGAUCGCGAAACGAUCCCCGCUUUGGUCACCUCACAGACGACUUUGUCAUCUACCGACAACUAUCCCCCCAACGCCCCAAUCUCCGCCGGAAUCUGCGUGGCGCCCCGCUGAAGAGGAAGCAGCUGAAGCAGAAGUACCCAACCAUAACAACAACAACCACACUGGAGAGGUGAAACAAAGGAGACGGAAACUUAAAAACAAUUAAGCGGCUACUUGUGGUCGUCGCAGCGUCGGAGCAUCACGUGAUUCGGGGCAGUAUUCAUAUCUGGACACUCAAUUCUAGAGGCUUCAGAUAGUCCUGCGAGCGAGCGCCAGUUUACAUAACCGAGCAGAGGAGGAGGCAGCGCUGCAGCAGAGCAAAAACAGGCGACGUGCAGGGGAGGAUUUGGGCUGGAAACGGUGAAGGAGAGGCGGCAGGAGCAACAGUCAACCUGCUACCCAUCAUGAACAACCUAGCCGACACCGUGGUGGUGGACCCCGGGUUCGGUGGUGGCGACAAGCAGCAGCAGGCCGGAGCGGCGCCGCAGGAUGCCAGCGUUGUGGUGCCCCCGCCGGCCACCAAGCAGUCGUCGGCGCUGAAGAAGACCAGUCGCUACCGCAGCCGGUCGCUGAGCGCCUCCUCGACGGACUCCUUCAGCUCGGCCAGCUACACGGGCAGCAGCGAGGACGGGGACGAUGUGCCGCCACGCGAAAAGGUGCAGAAGAACUCGCGCGGCAGCUCCGACUUCUGUGUGCGCAAUAUCGCCGCCCAGCACGCGUUCGGCCGGCGGGAGAUCGAGAUCGCCGAGCAGGAGAUGCCCGGUAUCAUGGCCCUGAGGAAGCGGGCGGCGGAGGACAAGCCCCUGAAGGAUGCCAAGAUUGUGGGCUGCACGCACAUCAACGCCCAGACGGCGGUGCUCAUCGAGACGCUGGUGGAGCUGGGAGCCAGUGUGCGCUGGGCAGCCUGCAACAUCUACUCCACGCAGAACGAAGUGGCUGCCGCCUUGGCCGAGUCCAACAUCCCGAUCUUCGCCUGGCGCGGCGAGACCGAGGAGGACUUCUGGUGGUGCAUCGACCGGUGCGUGAACGCCGAGAACUGGCAGCCCAACAUGAUCCUGGACGACGGCGGCGAUGCCACGCACCUCAUGCUGAAGAAGUACCCGACCAUGUUCAAGCUGGUCAAGGGCAUCGUGGAGGAGAGUGUCACCGGAGUGCAUCGCCUGUAUCAGCUGUCCAAGGCCGGCAAGCUGACGGUGCCGGCCAUGAACGUCAACGACUCGGUGACGAAGACCAAGUUCGACAAUCUGUACAGCUGCAAGGAGUCCAUUCUGGACAGUCUGAAGCGCUCCACGGAUGUCAUGUUCGGCGGCAAGCAGGUAGUCGUCUGCGGCUACGGCGAUGUGGGCAAGGGCUGUGCCCAGGCCUUGAAAGGGCAGGGCUGCAUCGUCUACAUCACCGAAAUCGACCCGAUCUGCGCCCUGCAGGCCAGCAUGGACGGCUUCCGGGUCGUCAAGCUGAAUGAGGUGAUCCGCAACGUGGACAUUGUGGUGACGGCGACGGGCAACAAGAACGUGGUGGUGCGCGAGCACAUGGACAAGAUGAAGAGCGGCUGCAUCGUGUGCAACAUGGGCCACUCCAACACCGAGAUCGAUGUGAACGGCCUGCGCACCCCGGACCUGACCUGGGAGAAGGUGCGCUCCCAGGUGGACCACAUCAUUUGGCCGGAGGGCAAGUACAUUAUCCUACUGGCCGAGGGCAGGCUGGUCAAUCUCAGCUGCUCCAGCAUCCCCUCGUUCGCCGUCUCCAUUACUUCGGCCACCCAGGCUCUGGCGCUGAUCGAGCUCUUCAAUGCCCCGCCCGGCCGCUACAAGUCCGACGUCUACUUGCUGCCCAAGAAGAUGGACGAGUAUGUGGCCAGCCUGCAUCUGCCCACCUUCGACGCCCACCUGACGGAGCUGAGCGACGAGCAGGCCAAGUACAUGGGCCUCAACAAGGCCGGUCCUUUCAAGCCCAACUACUAUCGCUACUAGGAUGUCGGGGAGAUGCUACAUAGGUCGGAUGCACUUGCGCGGAAAUGCGGACAAUAACACCACAACAACAACAACAACGCCAACGAAAGUAUUGUCUUUGCGAAGAAGAAAAAAACUAUUUAGAAAGAAACACAAAAUCAAUUGUUGAGAGACGACGACGAACCACAAAAGAGGAAAUGGAGGUCACAAAGUUACUAUUAGUUAGCUCGAGCGGAAUUCUUGGUUGCUUUUUUUGUUAGCAUUUAACUUCUAGUAUUUAGCACUUGCUUCAGCCGCAGAAGUAUUCUCUCUUCCCCUGUUCACUUAACCCUUAGACUCUCUAGACUCCCACAGCUGACCCCCCGCUUAACCCUCAACUAAUCUUGCCCCCUCAAGAAUUUAAACCUUUUUGAAAUGUUUUAUUGCCGAUUGAUUGAAUUUAUUUUAGAUAAUUCGCUCAGUUGCUGCAACUCAGUUAUGUUUUAAGGCUCUAAUUAAAAAUUUCUAAAAUUUAAAACAAACAUCCUUUUGCCAAUUCUCUGAAAAUGUCAAACUAUAAAGGUUUCAAGGCAGUCUGCUAACCCUUGUUGCAGCAACUGGAGCGAUUUAGACUCUCGUAUUGUUUAUGUACUUAAUUUGUUAAAUGUUCUUCGUCCUUCCACUUGAGAAUGUUGAUAGAAAUGCAGUGCAAAGUAAUUCCAUUUAUUCAAUUAUAUACACGCUGGCAUAUAUAUCAGAUCGAGAAUUAUAUAUAUAUACACUGCAUAUACACCUAAUCUGUAUAUUAGA